UUUAUAGGCGAAGCGAUUCCCGGAGAGAGAAAGGGAAGUGGAAGGGAGCGAAGCAAAGGACCAAGCUCUGAUAGCAGAGAAAGUUCUGCAAAUCUGUGCCUUGACCUCUCUCUGUUCUCUCUCUUCUUCCAUCUGGAUCGCCACAUCCUAUCAUUUACCUGAUCUUUCCGUUCUUCACUUCUUGUACGGUGGCGGCGGCGCUCUUCAAGUUUCCCGGCUCAGGCUGCCAGGUUACAGUUGUUCGCUCGUUCUCACUGUAUCUUCUCCUCCUCCCGCCGCACUUCUCGAUUUAUCGGCAGAAAGGUCGUUUUUUUUUUCAUUGCUUGGUUUCGGGAUGGACAGGCUUUGGCGCGGUUGGAUGUGAGGCUAGGGCGUGCGGGUAAUGUGAUGUUGGAGAAGCAAAUAGAUUUCUUUUGGAGCUUUCUGCUUGUUUUGUUGGGGGAUGCGAUGAAGUGAGGAAAGAGGGAAAAGAAAGUAGAUUUUUUUAAUUGGUUUACUUCUCUCUUUGGAGUCAGUUUGGUUGGGAAAAUUGAUGGGGAACAAGAUAGGGAGAAAGAGACAGGUGGUUGAUGAGAAGUAUACUAGGCCGCAGGGGCUGUACCAGCUCCAUGAUAUUGAUCAUAAGAAGCUUAGGAAGCUCAUUCUUGAUUCCAAGCUUGCUCCUUGCUAUCCUGGAGAUGAUGAGGACUGCACGCUUGAUCUUGAGGAAUGUCCCAUCUGUUUCCUGUACUUCCCAAGUCUUAACCGCUCAAAAUGUUGCACAAAAGGCAUAUGCACAGAGUGUUUUUUGCAGAUGAAACCGUCUUACUCUGCCAGACCCUCACAAUGUCCUUUCUGCAAAACCUCCAACUAUGCUGUUGAAUAUAAAGGUGCAAAAUCUAAGGAAGAGAAGGGCGUGGAACAAGUUGAAGAACAGCGGAUUAUAGAAGCACAAAUAAGAAUGAGACAGAAGGAGUUACAAAAUGAAAAGGGAAAACUGUCUAAAAAAGAAGAGUCAAGUUCAUCAAGUAGAUCACUGCCUCUAGCUGAAGUUGAGUAUCAAGACAUGUCUAUUGGCUCUCAUUCAGCAAGAUGUUUCAGAUACUCAUCUCAAGAUGAUGAGGCUGUUUCCUCUCAAGGCUCAUGCAGUGUGGCAAUAAGUGCACGCCCUUCGCACUCAAUACAGAACCGGGAAGAUAACUUUGACCUGGACCUUGAGAACAGAAUGAUUAUGCAAGCAAUCUGGCAAUCUAUUCAGGAACAGGAACAAGGAAUGCAAAGAUCUCCAUCAUCCUGUACUAUCAACAGUUUACCCGUGCAACCAUUAUUUUCAGAAGAUUGCUUCAACUGUAAUUCAACUUUUCCAGCUGAAUCUUCUCCUUCUACUGCUUUGGCUUCCACAAUGGCUGAUCUAUCAGAGCCCCAGCACAUAUGCGGGAGCCUGAGCUCCUCCAAUAUGCUACAGUGCCCACCCAAUUUUCCUGUAGGUAACUGGAGCGAGGAUCUUGAACAGAGCACUCGACUACCCAAUCCUGCACAGAAUAGGUGGAUGAUAAUGAACCAUGGAUCAAGUCUCAUAGAGGCAGACCCAAGCCAUUGGAAUUCGAACAUCAUAACCGACGCCGGAAUGGCAAGACAACCACUUGCAGAAGGAGUUAGUAUGGCUUCCGGCCAUGUCGUUCCUGAGAAUUUUGAAGAUCAAAUGAUGCUAACCAUGGCUGUUUCAGUGGCAGAAGCUGGAGCAAGGAUGAACUCUCUGGAAAUGAUGUGGUUAUAGAUGCUGAUAAUCUUGUUGUCUCUAAGGCUUCGUUUGGGACGAUUUUCUUGUUGCUUCUUAAAGCAGCUUUUUAGUACAAAAAUUAAAAUAUUUGUACUAGAAAGCUGCUUUAAGAAGCAAUAAAAAAAUCAUCACAAACAAAUCCUAAAGCUGGUUGUUUGAAUGCUUAGUGAACAUGAAGGCUGCAGGGAGCUUUAUCAAUGUCAAUGAAGUUAAACCUAUUUGCUAGCUUUCAGUUCAGUUUACCAGCAACCAAAUAGAGCUUAUUAUAGGUUUUGAUAUACAUUCUGUAAGAAAAGUGAAGAGAAAGGAAAGUGGGUGAUGUGAAUUUGAUUGUAAUUGUAAGGGCCUUGUUGACUUUGACAGGAACAUGUUGUGAAAUAAUUUGUUGGUUUUUCUGAGAUUUUAAAGAUUAGAUUGUUUCAUUA